CCCUGCUUUCGAUAACAUAUCGAUUGGUUAAAACAGCUGCGCUGCACUGCAUCUCCAAUUUUGCAUAACAAAUUCGAAGAAACUAAAGUAAUUUAUUGACCAGCAAGAAUCGGGAUAGCACAGGAUAAGUAGGAUUAGCAGCCGGCAACGUUUCGGGUUAAGACAGGCGUAGCACACACAUUGAGAGAAGUGCAGAAAGUCGAGUGUUUCGAUUAUAGGCAUGGGCCAGUACACAGUGUCAACGCGAAAGAAUGUACGAAUAUUGUUGGUCGGCGAUGCCGGGGUGGGAAAAACCUCCCUAAUAUUGUCGCUGGUGAGCGAAGAGUAUCCGGAGGAGGUGCCGCCGCGAGCCGAGGAGAUCACAAUACCGGCCAAUGUCACGCCGGAGCAGGUGCCCACCAGCAUUGUGGACUUUUCGAGCGUCGAGCAGACGGAGGAAACACUCGGCCUGGAGAUAAACAAAGCACACGUGGUGUGCAUUGUGUAUGCAGUGGAUGACGAUGAUUCACUCGAUCGCAUCACCUCGCACUGGCUGCCAUUUAUACGCUCCAAAUGCAAUGCGUCUGUGGAUGGCGAUGCCGAGACUGAGCCCGAGACGGAGGCUGCCGGCGAGUGUCUGCGCAAGCCAAUUGUUCUGGUGGGCAACAAGGUCGACUUGAUCGAUUACUCCACCAUGGACAGUGUGCUGGCCAUCAUGGAGGACUUUCCAGAGAUUGAGAGCUGUGUCGAGUGCUCGGCCAAGACGCUGCACAACAUUUCCGAAAUGUUUUACUACGCACAAAAGGCGGUGCUGCAUCCCACAUCGCCCCUAUACAUGAUGGAGGACCAAGAGCUGACGCCUGCCUGCAAGAAGUCGCUGGUGCGAAUUUUCAAGAUAUGCGAUAUCGAUGGCGACAAUCUGCUGAACGAUUACGAGCUGAACCUUUUCCAGCGUCGCUGCUUCAACACACCGCUGCAGCCGCAGAUACUCGACGAGGUGAAGGCCGUCAUACAGAAGAACGUGCCCGAUGGCAUCUACAACGAUGCCGUGACGCUCAAGGGCUUCCUGUUCCUCCACUGUCUGUUCAUACAGCGCGGCCGUAACGAGACCACCUGGGCGGUGCUGCGACGCUUCGGCUACAACGAUCAAUUGGAGAUGUGCCAGGAGUAUUUGCGUCCGCCACUAAAGAUUCCACCUGGCAGCAGCACAGAGCUGUCGCACCGGGGCCAGCAGUUUCUGAUUGCCGUCUUUGAGCGCUACGAUCGCGAUGGAGAUGGUGCUCUGUCGCCCGAGGAGCACAAGAUGCUGUUCAGCGUGUGUCCCGCCUCACCCUGGUCGUACUCCACGGACAUACGCAAGUCGUGUCCCAUCAAUGACAAUGGCUGGGUCACGUUGCAUGGCUGGCUGUGCCGCUGGACUCUGAUGACGCUCAUCGAUGUGGUCAAGACGAUGGAAUAUCUCGCCUAUCUGGGCUUCAAUGUCCACGAGAACGACAGCCAGCUGGCGGCCAUACAUGUGACCCGCGAGCGUCGCAUCGAUCUGGCCAAGCGGCAGAGCAGCCGCUCCGUCUACAAGUGCCACGUCAUCGGCCCCAAUGGCUCUGGAAAGACGGGCCUGUGUCGCGGCUUUCUCGUCGAUGAUAUGCAGAAGCUGAUUGGCAAGGAGUUCAAAACGAAUGUCGUGCACUGCAUCAACUCGGUGCAGGUGUAUGGCCAGGAGAAGCACUUGAUAUUGCGCGACAUCGAUGUGCGGCACGCGCUCGAUCCGCUGCAGCCGCAGGAGGUGAACUGUGAUGUGGCCUGCCUCGUCUACGACUCAUCCAAUCCCCGCUCCUUUGAGUAUGUGGCCCGCAUCUACAUCAAGUACUAUGCGGAGAGCAAGAUACCCGUGAUGAUUGUCGGCACCAAGUGCGACAUGGAUGAGCGACGACAGGACUAUCUAAUGCAGCCCGCCGAAUUUUGUGACAAAUACAAACUCCUGCCGCCGCAUCUGUUCAGCCUGAAGACCAACAAAAAGGAACUAUACACAAAGCUGGCCACCAUGGCCGCUUUUCCGCGAUUCCAAGCCGCCUGGAUACUGUUCUACAAGCACAGGUUGGUACAGCUUUGGGAAUCGGCCCACUUGCGGCAAUUUGGACACAUGACGGAGGAGCACAAGCUGUUGUGGAAGGCCGGUCUGGGUGUGGCAGCUGCCACAAUGAUCGGAUUCAUUGUGCUGAAGACCCUCAAUGUUGGCGGCUCACAUUCGCGCUAGAACACACACACACACACACACAUAAAGAAACAGCGCAAAAUACACACACACACAUAGACACAA